UUAAAGACGGGAAAGCACUAAAACCACAUGGAAGUCAGAAGUAAAUGGUUUUUUCCAGCUUUAAGACUUAACAUCAGAAGAAGAAGCACUGAUUUAGGAAGCUCUCAGGGCAGCUACUUCUGUUCUCUGGAACUUGACUAAAACAAGUACAUUUUUCUUUUUUUUUUUCUUUUUUUUUUACAUGGAGUAUUGGAUAAGAAGAUGAGCAGGAUGUAAAAAAAAAGGCAUGAAGAAUGGUUGUAGAGGACCAAUCUCUGGGGAUCUGAAGGAAGUUGGGACCACCAAGAAUGAACAGGAGAAAGGGCUAGUCUAUGACCAGAAGGAAUGUCUACAUAUCUACAUAGCCAAGAAGUAGAUGAGGCUGAGGAAUAUGGAAUUGUAAUUUGAUUACGGUAACUGUGAGGUAACUACUGGACCCAAAGUAUUUGGGGCUCUACACAUGGGCUACACAAAUCACGAUGGUCAUCAUUAUCAACAGCAGCCACAUACACAGUGACAUCAGGUCCUAUGUUAUAGAAGAUCUGGAGGAUCUCAGCACCUCUAUAAUGAUUUCUGGUUCUUUCAACCCCCCUCUUCUGAAAAUCCUUCAAGAUGCCACCACCAGCAUUCCAUUGGCCACCUCUAGCUUCGCGAAUGAAAAUGACACACGCUGCGGAGAACAGAUCCUGAACUACGGACACAUUGAAAAACUGGUAAUAGGGGCCAUCCUGUCCCUUAUCACCCUACUGACCAUUGCCGGGAAUUGUCUAGUGGUCAUAUCUGUUUGUUUUGUUAAGAAACUUCGGCAGCCCUCAAACUAUCUGAUUGUAUCUUUGGCUUUGGCCGAUUUAUCGGUGGCCAUUGCUGUCAUGCCUUUCGUCAGUGUCACCGACCUCAUUGGUGGGAAAUGGAUUUUUGGGCACGUCUUUUGUAACGUCUUCAUAGCGAUGGAUGUGAUGUGCUGCACGGCAUCUAUCAUGACGUUAUGCGUCAUUAGCAUUGACAGGUAUCUUGGAAUCACUCGACCACUGACCUACCCAGUGAGACAGAAUGGAAAAUGUAUGGCCAAAAUGAUCCUGUGUGUCUGGCUCCUGUCCGCCUCCAUUACGUUACCUCCUCUGUUCGGUUGGGCUCAGAAUGUAAAUGAUAACAAAGUUUGCUUAAUUAGCCAAGAUUUUGGCUACACAAUUUACUCUACAGCUGUUGCCUUUUACAUCCCGAUGUCGGUCAUGCUGUUCAUGUACUACAGAAUAUUCAAAGCUGCUAAGCGGAGUGCAGCCAAACACAAGUUUGCUGGAUUCCCACGAUCAGAAGAAAGUGAAGGAAUGAUUAUGGCAAAUGGAGUGGUAAAAAUACACAAAGAAGCAGAAGAAUGUACAAAUCUGUCCAAAUUAUUGAGAAAUGACAGAAAAAACAUUUCCAUUUUUAAAAGAGAACAGAAAGCAGCUACUACACUUGGGAUUAUUGUCGGGGCUUUCACUAUAUGCUGGCUACCUUUUUUUAUACUUUCAACGGCUAGACCGUUUAUCUGUGGAACAGAGUGCAGCUGUAUUCCUUUGUGGAUGGAAAGGACAUUUCUAUGGCUGGGAUAUGCAAACUCUCUGAUAAAUCCUUUUAUUUAUGCCUUUUUUAACAGAGACCUAAGGACAACCUAUCGAAAUCUGUUACAGUGCAGGUACAGAAAUAUCAACAGGAAGCUGUCAGCUGCAGGGAUGCAUGAGGCUUUGAAACUUGCAGAAAGGCCUGAUCAUACCUUAGGACUACUUCAGAUUUGGUGGACUAAGACGAUGACCAGCAUUUUUUUUCUUUACUGUUAAUAAAAUGGUUAACGAGGGCUUGUGGAGGAGUUCUUUUUGGAAUAAAAGUUUUUAAAACUUGUUGAGUGAUUCUUUUUAAAAAAUGUUAUUCACUUUACAGGCUUAGUAGUGGACGCUGUCUUAUAGUCUUAUAGACGGAGUCUAUUACUAAUCCGGGGCUUAGCGUUAGCCCAAAUUACAGCUAGUUUUAAACCCCAAUUAUUACCCUGGUACCCACCGCAACAGGGUUAUCAGUACCAACAGGCCUGGAGUGUCAAAAAUGGCGCUCCUGGGCCUAGGUGGUAACUAGUGAUGUCGUGAACAUAAAAUUUUCCAUUCACGAACGGCAAACGCAAAUUUCCGCAAAUGUUCGCGAACGGGCUAACCUGGCGAACCGCCAUAGACUUCAAUAGCAGGCGAAUUUUAAAACCCACAGGGACUAUUUCUGGCCACAAUAGUGAUGGAAACGUUGUUUCAAGGGGACUAACACCUGGACUGUGGCAUGCCGGAGGGGAAUCCAUGGCAAAACUCCCAUGGAAAAUUACAUAGUUGAUGCUGGUUUUAAUCCAUAAAGGCCAUAAAUCACCUAACUUUCCUAAAUUGUUUGGAAUAACUUGCUUUAAAACAUCAGGUAUGAUGUUGUAUAGAUCAGGUAGUGUAAGGGUUACGCCCACUUUGCAGUGACAGACCAAACUCCCCGUUUAAUGCACCGCAAACAACCGCAAACACCCCAUUUGCAAAAGGUUGGAUACCAAGCUAACCAUGUCCCGUUCUUGUCCUCACUGAUGUCAUUGAAGGUCUCUUCCUCCACCCAGCCACGUACAACACCAAGGGUCUUCGAAAGGUGACAACAAGCCCCCUGGGAUGCCUGUUGUGUUUGGUCUUCUACCUCCUCAAAGCCACCUUCCUCCUCUGACUCUUCUUCUUCGGAAUCCUCUCU